AUGGUCGUAGCGACGGUAGCUGAGUCCGGAAGAAAAAGCGGAAAUGUCUCCUCCUUGAUUUCCAAAUUCAGAGCACUUGACGAAAAUGCAGUUGCGUUCCCAAACAACCCCUCGCGGGCUAACCCCAGGCGACACACCGUAAUGGGGGUGAACAUGAAGAUUCCCCCAGCGCGUGAAGCAUUCUCCGUCCCCAACUACGCCCCUAAAGUCAUCCCCAAGCGUGGCCCCUCUGCGUUUAUCCCCACGGGCUCUACGGGUUCCUCCCCGCCAUCCCCAGAAAUAACCCCGCCCCAGAAAAGCAGCGUUACAGUUCAAUUACGGCCAAAACCACGACCAUGUUCCCUCCUCCCACGAUCUGAAACGAGCACUCCCGAUAUUAAAAAGGAGGAUGAGGCGAAACGUAACUCAGCCCUCUUUCUCAGCAGCGUGAUCAGUAGACGAGCAACGAUGCUCGACAAGCCUGCAGGAUAUAAUUGCGCGGCUCCUAACACUAUUGAUCAGAGCAAAAAAGAAUCAGCGAUCGCCGACCUGAAGCGAAGAACUGACCAGAGAAAGGCAGAACUGACGAGAAUUCAAUCGAUGCCGAACGGUGGAACUUCGGGAGCGGCCGCGGCGAGGAAGAAAUUCAUGUCCAGACUCGGCGAGGACAAUCCAGAAAAUCGAAAGCUGAGACGAUCGAAUACGAUUUCUGGCGGCGGCCCAACGGGUGUCAAAAGUCUUCUGCUCAAGUGGUGCCAGGUGCGGUGCAAGGAUUAUCCUGUUGAAGUGAACAAUUAUUCCUCGAGCUGGGCAGAUGGAAGCGCCUUCUGCGCCCUGACCCAUUCCUUCUUCCCCGAUGCCUUCAAAUGGGAAGAUGUUAUUCUCAACACAGACAACAACGACGAGAGAAGGAAAAACUUCACUCUUGCUUUUGACACUGCUCUUGAAAAAGCUGAUGCCGAGCCCUUGAUCGAAGUCGAAGACAUGAUCUUCAUGGGCAACCGCCCCGACACCAAGUGCAUCUUCUGCUACCUCCAGUCACUGUACAACAAACUACGUAAAUUCGAACAGCCGAUCGAAAAGAAAGACCUAGACGUUUGA